CAAAUGGACAAAUGGAGCGAUAUAACAGGACCAUCCUUGGUGCAUUAAGCUGUUCGUAAGAACAAGAAAACAAAUGGGAUGAAAAGAUUAACCAAAUACGUUUUGGGAUUAAUGCAACAAAGAAUAAAACUACAGGAAAAUGCCCUUAUGAGAUGCUAAUGGGCUAUUGUCCACGUAGUGUAGAUGAUGCCUAUUUGCUGAACAAUCUGGCUGUAAAUGAAAAACAGCAAGAUAUACAACAGUUACAAACAGAAGGUAUUCAAAACACUGUAAAAGAGCAGCAGCGACAAAAGAAACAUUUUGAUUCAAAACGACGACCUGCUAAACAUUAUGAAGUGGGCCGACAAGUGUUAGUCAGAAAAGUCCUUCCAUCAAACGAUGACAAAAGCAAGAAGUUGCUGCCAAAAUACUCAGGACCCUACGUGAUAACGAAAGUGCUUCCUCACGAUCGUUAUGUCAUAGAAGACCUACCAGGCGCACAACGUGCACAAAAAUUUUACAGUGGUGUUUGUCCAGUUGACAAAUUGAAACCAUAUGUGAACGAUAUGUCAGACGAUGCAUUUACAGCAUCAUCAGAAGAUGAAAGUAUUAAUGGAUUGAAGCAUAAAAAGGAUUGAUCUGAUUGGGUUUCAGUGGCCCGACAAGUAAUAUCAGCGAAGUGCCGAAGAGGCUAAAAUAGCCCAAUAUUUUCAUCGGCAACGUGCUGAUGACUGGGCGCAUGUAGCCCAUCACUUGAAGUUAGCGACGUGCUAACUGGGCUGACGUAACCCUGAAUUUUAAAGAUUUUCAUCGGCAACAUGCUGAUGAUUGGGCACAAAUAGUAGCAUAGGUAGUCCUAUGAGUUCAUGUAUAAGUUUUCAUUAGCAACGUGCUGAGCGAGCUGACACAGGUCUACGCUUCGCCUACGUAGCUCUACGUUAAUUUUCAGUCUUAUUAACCAAUAUAUUGAGCUCACGUAGCCAUCUUUUGGCUCACGUAGCUCUAUGUUCUUUCAGCUUUUCAUUAAACUUUCAGGUAUUGUAUUUUAGGCUUAGACCCAUGUAUAAAUCUCUACGAGGGCGUACAGCAAGGGUAGCAUGGCCGACUGUAAGCGAUUUCGAUUGUAACAACCUUGGAUAAUAUGAAGCAUAGCGAAAUCGGAACCCGAUCGUAUUUUAUGUUUAUUUUGGUAAAAACAAAGCAGUCGGGAUUAGAUGACGAUUCCGACUAAAAAUGGGAGAGGCCAUGUAGGG